AUGCCGACGGUCGUUCAGAUAAACCUGAAGCGCAGCUCCCACGCUUCAGCUAAUCUGGGGGUCCUUCUCCGGGAGAAGGACAUCGACAUCGGCCUUAUACAAGAGCCAUGGACAAGGGACGGACGAAUCUCUGGCAUGGCCAUAAAGGGAUACACAACAUUAUACUCAAACUCGACAGGUAGGCCGAGGGCGGGUAUAAUCAUUAAAAACAACGUUAAUGCUCUUCUCUACCCCAAUCUCAGCAACUUAGAUCUAGCAGUGGAAAGAUUCAAGGCGGCGGAUGGGACAGCCAUACUAAUAGCCUCCGGAUAUAUGGCCCACGACGAACCUGCACCACCUAAAGCGUUUAAUAGGGUGAUGCAGUGGGCCGAGGAGACUAAGACGACGCUCAUCCUCGGGUGCUAUGCCAACGCAAGGCACACACUGUGGGGAAGUAGGGAGACAAACGAAAGGGGUGAGUCUCUCUUCGAUAGUAUUAUAUGCCGUGACGUCACUAUUUGUAACAAGGGAAACACGCCCACCUUCAUCUUUCCAAGUACGGAAGGAUUUCAGGGCUGGGAAGAAGUCCUAGACAUAACCCUCCAAAUGGAGCAUAGCGAUUAUAAGUCAAAGGUCAAAGACAGAAAAAUCAAGACUCGAUCCACCCCGGAGAGAAUAGAUAAGGAAGUAGAGGACUUCACAAAUAUUCUGAACAAAGCCUACACAGAGUCAUGCAGACUAACAUACUCUAAGAAGACAUACCCACCAUGGUGGAACAAAGAGCUAUGCGAGCUCAGAAAGAAAGUUCGAAAAGCCUUCAACACAAGUUAUGGAACCAAAGACUGGCAGCCGUACAAAGCAAUACACAAAGAAUACAAAAAGGCAAUCUACGUAGCCAAGAAGGAAUCUUGGAGCAGCUACUGUGAAUCACUUGAAGGAGUCAAAGACACGACGAGGAAGUAA